AUGUUUCAAGAACAUAAUUAUGCUACUUGUUUGUCAUCUUUUAUACUAUCGACUCAUGAUCUUGUGAAGGUUGACAUAUGGGAUGAAAGGAAGGUUUUUGGAUCCCGUGGUCAGAAUCUGAAAGAUGAAAUGCUUGGUAAAAUUCCUCCCACUCCAUUGACUACCAUCGAGAUAGUGAAAAGGGAUGCCAACUCAUUGAGACUUAAAUUGGCAGUGGGGGAUAUCCCAGAAAAGAUAAUGACUGCUAUGCAUGGGGUACAUGAUGAGAGUGGCAUGGAAGAUACGACCUUAAAUAACUGUGAAGCUGAUGUUGGCCGAUUUGGAAAUUUGGAGAGAGAUAUUGAAACUCAAGAUCUAGCUGGCUCCGAGAGCUCUAAAGUUGAAACUACUGGUAUUCGUAGAAAAGAAGGGGCCUACAUAAAUAAAAGUCUGCUAACUCUUGGAACUGUUAUAUCAAAACUAUCAGAUGGGAGGGCUGCUCAUAUACCAUACAGAGACUCAAAAUGGACCAGGCUUCUUCAGUCUUCUUUAAGUGGUCAUGGAAGGGUAUCUUAUGUCCCAAGGGAUACUAGUGGGAAGGGUAGGAGUGGUAAAGAAAAGUCAAAAUAUGUUCAGGUCCAUAAAUGUGAUGAUUAA